CCUGUUAAAGAUCCGAGGGGCGGGAAGCGGACAGAAGACCUGGAUCCGACGAUGAUCCGGAAAUCGUGCUUCCUCUUGGCACUUCUCCAAGCUGUGGUGUCGGACGAGUGGGGAGCCAACACUCCACGCGACGUGUGGGCGCAGAUGGGUCUGUGUGCCCGGAUCCCGUGCCGCUACACCUAUCCAUCACAUCUGGCCAAUGAACCACGGACUGGAAUCUGGUAUAACAGUGAAAAAAUGGAUGACCGUCAUAUAGCCUUUCACUCCCUUCAUCACAGUCAGGUGUCAACAAGGUUUCACGGUCGAACCCGGCUGACUGGGGAUCUGAAAAGCGGUGACUGUUCCCUGGUUAUAGACAACAUCUCGCAGCAAGACGAAGGUCCUCACUUUUUCAGGGUUGAAUUCGACAACAAGAAUUGUUACAACUACUUCCCUGUGACAUGGCUCCAUGUUUCUGAAUUCACAGAUAAACCCUCGAUAUUCCCUGCUGAAAUGGUUGCAGGAAAGCCUGUGAAAAUACGCUGCUCCUUCAACACCAUAUGUAAUGGAACGGCGCCCACCUUCACCUGGGUCAUCCCCACUGAUGUACCACGGUCAGGGUCAAGCAGCGUAACUCAGCGGGGAGACACUCUGACAUAUACUUCUGUUCUGACCCUGACCCCAAAGCUCAACCAUCACGGGCAAACUCUCACCUGCAGAGUCAGAUACCCAUCUGUUUCAUCGGCGGAGACCGUCACACUGACUGUGCGAUACGCCCCACAGAAUCUCUUGAUCGCUUCUCCCGACAAGGUGAACAAUUCCUGGGUCAGUGUAAGGGAAGGGAAUUCUGCAGCGAUCCUCUGCUCCGUCCAGAGCUUCCCAGCGUCCAUCCUGACGUGGAGACAUCUUGGUGACACACUGAACACAACAAGUUCCACCAACAAGCUGUGGUUGGAGGUUCCUCGGGUGACAUCCCAGCUCGCCGGAGUCUAUCAGUGUGUGGCGGAGAAUGGACACGGGAGAGUGGAGAGGAACAUAACCCUCAGUGUGGAAUACGCCCCACGGAAUCUCUCGAUCGCUUCUGCCGACAAGGUGAACAAUUCCUGGGUCAGUGUAAGGGAAAGGAAUUCUGCAGCGAUCCUCUGCUCCGUCCAGAGCUUCCCAGCGUCCAUCCUGACGUGGAGACAUCUCGGUGUCACACUGAACACAACAAGUUCCAGCAACGAGCUGUGGUUGGAGGUUCCUCGGGUGACAUCCCAGCUCGCCGGAGUCUAUCAGUGUGUGGCGGAGAAUGAACACGGGAGAGCGGAGAGGACCAUAACCCUCACCGUGGAACACGCCCCACGGAAUCUUUCCAUCACUUCUCCCGACAUGGUGGAUAAUUCCUGGGUCAGUGUAAAGGAAGGGGAUUCUACAAUGAUCCUCUGCUCCGUCCAGAGUUUCCCAGCGUCCAACCUGACUUGGAGACAUCUCGGUGUCACACUGAACGCAACAAGUUCCAGCAACGAGCUGUGGUUGGAGGUUCCUCGGGUGACGCCCCAGCUCUCCGGAGUCCAUCAGUGUGUGGCGGAGAAUGGACACGGGAGAGCAGAGAGGAACGUAACCAUCACUGUGGAACAUAAGCCGGUCAUAUCUCCGGAGUCCGGCUGCACUCGGACGUCCCAGGACAUCACCUGUGUCUGCGCGGCCAGAUCCAACCCACCCGGAGAGCUCACCUGGCACCUGCCCGUCGCCAACCUCAGCCGGAACCAGACGCACGGCCGUUUCCAGGCGUGGCAGGUGGUGGACGGGCAACUGGUGACUGGCUCACUGACCCUGAGAGGGGGCGAGGGAGAGGAGGAAGCGACGGCCUCUUGUACAGUCCGAAACCGGCACGGGGAGGUCACGUUCAAGGUGUAUCUGUGGGUGAGAGGUGGGGGCUUCAGUGUUUGGAUGGCAGUGUCCUUCAGCAUUGGCGUCACUCUUGCCAUUGAAGUGGCCGGAUUCUUCGUCUACAAGUACAUCCGAAAGAGAGAGACGGUGACCAAGGAGAGGGGCUCGGAGAUGCGGGACGCCACAGGAAGCUGCAGGGCACGUUCGGCCGCCCGUCAGGACACGGAAAGCCGGGGGAAGACGCCCCCGGGAGUUGGAGCAGGACAGGACGACGGAGAAGGAGAGGAGCAGUGCCCCGUGUACGCCAACCUGCGGGAGCUGAGCGGCGGGGGCGCUGUCCACGGGGGAGAGACGGUCGAAUACACAGAGCUCCACUUUCACCAAAGGGGGGAGGGCGGGACAGAGAGUUCUCUAGGGAUCCCCCCCUCCUCGAACUCUGACAGCCAAUGAACCGCAGUCUCUAUUGUGGAAGGAAGUGUUGCAGCUAACUGGUACACAGAAAGAUCCCACAGACCCAGAUUAUCGGGUUCUGUCAUAUUAAUUGACAGG